CGAAAACUAAAUUUCGUAGUCGCAAAGUCGCAAAUAGUAUUUCUGUUAUAUUAUCGAACGACGAUUUUCAUUUACGUGCUUACACUCGUUUUUAUCAAACAUGAAGUGAUGUAAUUGAAAAUACAGUGUAAAGUUUAGUGUUUUUAUAAUGUCAGUGUUAGGAAUAAUGUUUUAAUAGACUUUCGGGAGAGUCAUGUCAGAAGAACAUGACAAAGACUGUACUAAUAGUGAUAAAACAAACGAGGAACACUGCAAUACGAACGAAAAAGUUGAAAAGGUGACAGAAGAUAUUGAAUCGACAGAAGAAUCAAAAAGUGCCAAUAUUAGCGAGGCCCGAACCAGUGCCAUAGAAACUAGUCAAAGUGAUUUAAAUGAAAAUGAAGAUUUGUGUCAUAAAGAUGUUGAGGCGGAGCAAGCAAUCAGUUGGACUGUUGAAGGCAUGGAGUUCAAGAUAUCGUGGAAGCUGCCUGAAGGAUCCACUACUACGGAAGACUAUAUUGGACUCUGUUAUAAAGAGUCGGCGGGCGUCGCAGGCGUGGUCGGGCGCGUGCCGGCGACCGGAUGCGCCACCGGCGACAUAAUGUGGCUGCUUGAUGAGCCCAAUCAGCCCUAUGAAGAUUGCGAGCAGCUCCUCUGCUUCCGGUAUUACAAUGGCGAGAGCGACGACUGCGUGGCGGAAUCCUCAGCACUCCCGCCACGCUUCAAAGUCGACCUCAAGAAACUGCCUCUUCGUCUUAAAGAGGGUAUUUCAAGGAAACGGAGCGGCGACCGCGUGUCGCCUUUCUCAUAUAACAAUGAGAGCUUCGAGAUGAACUCCGAGAACGUCCCCCAAGUGGAGCACGUGUCCGGCACCAACCAAGACAUCAAGCAUCUCAGCGACAAUGUCAACAAAUGCUCAAUUAGCGCUUUAGCGAGUAGCGAGAACAAACUCGAACAAUCAAAAUGUGAUCCUAGCAAAUGUUUUAUUAGUAACAUAGGUAAUGAAUCUCAGUCUGUAAGUAGUGAAUUUCAUCGUGCUAUAGAAUGUAGGCCGACGUCUUCGGGGGUAAAGAAAAAGUAUCCACCCCCCGUCGACACCGCCGGCUGUAUGACUUUGAAUGGCGUCAAAAAGAAAUCGAAAACGAAUAGCGGCUUUGAUUCGCCCACUUCGCCCGAAACCGAGUAUUAUAAAAUAUGGUCGCCAAAGAAUCCUUGCAAAAUAAUGAAAUUCGUAUAUGACGUGGAAGGUGCUAACGUGCCAAAUGAUGCGGAAAAAUCUCCGGUACCUCCCCUGCCGCCGAGACAAUCGCACAAGCCGUUGGAGAGAAUGCACGCAUUGUCUCCGCCGCAGGUACCGAGACACAGAAAGCCGAAAAAACUCACAAAGCCCGAAGACGCGUUCACGUUCGAGUUGAUAGACACAGAUGAACAGUUUUUUACCGAUAAAAAUAUUAAUCAUUCGUCUGUUCUACAAGGAGGAAUUAAUGAUUUCAGACCGGGGGAGUUUUUUUCCGGUAAACAGGUAGCUAUGUCCUCGACUACUAGUUUUUGGAGAGAGGGUCAGAAUGUGGCUCCUCUGGCGACCCCGGAAACCGAUGGCAGCUUAUGCGAGUCGACUGUAUCUUCCAUGAAAUUAUCUAAGUUAAACGAAGAUAGAAAAACAAACGAUGUACCUGGUUCACCUAGUGUAAGUAGAAAUAAAAUUAUGUUUAUAAAAGAUAUUGGACCUGAUAAUUAUAUAACGACGACGUUUGCUCGAAAAGACAAGCCAAAUGUCAUCAGCGACGUCGUAGAUGGAUCAAAUCCAACGCCAAAUUACUCAAAGUCUGAAGAAAAAGCUCAGAAUACUUUUAUAAAUGAUAUUAGUAAUCAUUCGGAAUUCGAAGAUGAUAACAGAAACCAAAUAGAAGAGAAGGAGAUAACGGUUAUGAAAGGACACAAGCCGCUGACGAGGCAAAGCUCCGGACGCGCAAACACGCCCACCAUGAUGACUGCUUUUUUAAAUUCUUCACACAUCGAUGGGCCGAGUAGAGAAGUGGACAAUAAUAGUUCGAAUGCUCCCAGUUCCUGCAACUCUUCACAUUCGGGUUCACCUGUUGACGAAACUAGCAAGGCAUUUCCUAGCGUGGGCACGAUGAUUAUGAAUCGCAAAUACUCGUGCGACAGUUCAACGCCGAAACAUUCUAGUCUACCUCGACAUUUACUUAAGAACCUUGGCUGCGAAGGAACCCCUAAACAUUCACCGCAUAAAACAGCUAAUGUUUCAAAAAAUCUGGAGAGUCCGUCGAGGCCUCAUCCGAGAGUAUUAUCAAGGGUUGCAGCGCUGGCGGGGUCAGCGACGCCCCAGUGCCCCCCGACGCCGACGCACCACGCGCGAAGACCUAGGCCUCUUCCGCCGCCAGAUUUACAUCCUCCUCCCAUACAAAACGCGGAGAAUUUCGAAAUGGUAGAAUUUACAAGCGAGCUAAGAACAUCUGAGAUUAGAUCUCCAAAUCUGGAGUUUGUGAAUAGCAAUCACUUCACGAUCGUGCACGCUGGGCCCCCGGAUGACGUGGUGCUGAGGAGGCCGCCGGCCGACGACAGCGACGACAACGACAACGCGCUCGCUUCGCCCACACCGCUGCGUCACAUGGCGGGUAUCAGGCUGCCCUCCAUACCGGAGCGUGCCUCCCGACAGAUGGCGCUCACUGGAGAUUUUCCCGCCAAUAUGAUUGGAGGGAUUAUCGAGUGUGAAGAACCUUUACCUGCAGGUUGGGAGGCGCGUAUGGACAGCCACGGGCGCGUUUUCUACAUCGACCACGUAAACCGUACGACGACGUGGUCGCGGCCCGGCGCUAACGGCAGCGCGCCUCGCUCGCCCGCCCCCGAGGUGCAGCGUCGACAACUCGAUAGGAGAUACCAGUCAAUCCGGCGGACGAUGACGCGCACGCAGUUGGGCGACGAGGCGAGCACGCCGGCGGCGGCGGGUCCGUCGCGCGCGCCCCCUGCACUCCCUGCACCCCCCGCGCCCGUCGUACCCACCGCGCCCGCCGCGCCCACCGCACCCACCGCGCCGCACCCCGCCGCUGAGUUCCUCGCCAGACCGGACUUCUACUCCAUAUUACAUAUGAACCAGGAAGCGUCCGCACUGUACAACGGCAACUCAACUCUGAAGCACAUGAUAUCAAAGAUCCGUCGCGACAUCUUCUCCUUCGAGCGAUAUCAGCACAACCGCGACCUCGUGGCGCUCGUCAACAUGUUCAGCGAGCAGGACCGCGACCUGCCGCUCGGCUGGGACACCAAGCUCGACCGCAAUGGAAAGCGUUUCUUCGUGGACCACGUGCUGCGGCGCACCACGUUCAUGGACCCGCGAGUGCCGCGCGCCGCCCGCGCCCCCGCCCGCCCCGCGCGCCCCGCCGCCACCUACUCCCCGCUGCCGCAGCGACGUCGUCUGCACGAACAGGCUCCAACGCCGCCGCCGCGGCCUCCUAUCACCUCAUCAGAUGCGUAUGCGCACAAUUCACAUCAAGAAAUACCAGUCGCGUACAAUGAUAAGGUUGUGGCGUUCCUCCGUCAGCCGAAUAUAAUGUCAAUAGUGCGGGAACGAUGCGCGUGCAGCAGCGCGCUCAGGGACAAGAUCAAUGCGGUGCGUGUGGAGGGCGUGCACGCGCUCGCACGACACCAGAACGACGUGCAACUCACAUGUCUACUCAGUCUGUUCGAGCAGGAGAUAAUGAGCUACGUGCCGGCGGGGGUUUGCGGGGGGUGCGGCGGGUGCGGGAGCUGCGGGUCGCCAGCAGCAUCGCCGGCCGCAGCGCGCUGUACCCGCGCGCCCGCCCCGCAGCGCCGCGACUUUGAGGCCAAGUUGCGCGCCUUCUACCGCAAGUUGGAAACCAAAGGAUACGGACAAGGGCCCGGAAAACUCAAGCUGCACAUUCGUCGCGAGCAUCUUUUAGAAGAUGCGUUCCGGCGCAUCAUGUCGUGCGGCAAGAAGGAGUUGCAGAAAGGCAAGCUGUGCGUGCUGUGGGACGGCGAGGAAGGCCUCGACUACGGCGGACCCAGCCGGGAGUUCUUCUUCCUUCUGUCAAGAGAGCUUUUUAACCCCUACUACGGACUAUUCGAGUACUCAGCAAACGACACAUAUACGGUCCACGUUUCGCCCAUGUCUGCAUUUGUUGACAAUCAUCAGGAGUGGUUCAGGUUCUCGGGGCGCGUGCUGGGUCUGGCGCUGGUACACGGCUAUCUACUGGAGGCGUGGUUCACGCGCGCGCUGUACCGAGCGCUGCUGCGACUGCCGCCCGCGCUGGAAGACGUUGACGCAUUGGACGCGCAGUUCGCCGCCUCAUUGCGAUGGUUACAGAGCGCUCGCUGUGUGUCGUCGUUGGAGCUGACGUUCGCGGUGUCUGAGCGGCUGGCGGACGGGCGAGUGCUGGAGCGAGAGCUGAAGCCGGGUGGUCGCGAGUUGCCGGUCACUGCGCGCAACAAGCACGAGUACCUCGAGCGCGUCGUGCGCUGGCGCGUGCAGCGAGGUGUCGCCGCGCAGACAGAGUGGCUCGUUAGAGGCUUCCACGAGGUGGUAGACCCUCGGCUGGUGGGAGCGUUCGACGCGCGGGAGUUGGAGCUGGUGAUAGCGGGCGCGCCCGAGCUGGACGUGGCCGACUGGCGCGACAACACUGAAUACCGCGGCGGUUACCAUGACGACCAUCCCGUCAUCGUCUGGUUCUGGCAGGCCAUCGACAGGUUCACAAACGAGCAGCGGCUACGGUUGGUGCAGUUCGUGACUGGAACGUCUUCGAUCCCAUACGAGGGGUUCUCUGCACUGCGCGGGUCUACUGGACCGCGGCGGUUCUGCAUAGAGAGGUGGGGCCGCGUGGAGUCGCUGCCGAGAGCACACACCUGCUUCAACCGGCUUGACCUGCCGCCAUACCCCACACCACAGCUGCUGUAUGAGAAGCUCCUCCUUGCCGUUGAAGAGACCAACACUUUUGGCAUCGAGUGAACUGCACUCUUACACUUUAUGUUCCGCUUUAAUGCAAACAUUGUAAAAAAACUUUAACCUAAUAUUUGAUAUUUAUUUGUUAACUUAUUGUCGCUUAAUUAGUUUUCGAGCAUAGACUUACCAGUUGUAACAUUUCAAGGGCUGAAUGAUUCCCCGUCUUGUUCUCUUCUAUAGUUGUGUAUUAACUAUAAUCCAAAAUGAUAAAUUAAUGUUGU